ACUCUGUGCAAAUACUAUACCACUCUCUAUAUCAGUCACGGCCUCCUCUCUCUCUCUCUCUCUUUGUUCCAAAGAGAGACACACCCAAGAAGAUGGAAUCCUCUAAGAUUUAUGCUCUCUUCCUCAUUUGCAUGCUUUUCAUCUCCUCGGCCACCCCCAUUCUUGGCUGUGGAUCCUGUGGAAAGACCCCUACAAAGCACAAGCCGCACAAGCCGCACAAGCCGCGCAAGCCUUCUAAAGGCCCUAUUGUCAAGCCCCCAGUUACCCAGCCGCCGGUGACUCUACCCCCGAUUGUAAAACCACCAGUGACUCUUCCCCCCGUUACUCUACCUCCGAUAGUGAAACCACCAGUGACUCUACCCCCGAUAGUAAAACCACCGGUGACUCUUCCCCCCGUGACUCUACCCCCAAUAGUAAAACCACCGGUGACACUUCCCCCUGUGACUCUACCCCCGAUAGUAAAACCACCGGUAACUCUUCCCCCAGUUACUCUCCCUCCAGUUACACUCCCUCCAAUUCUGAACCCACCCGGAACUCCGAAGACACCAAGUGGAAAGCCGUGCCCGCCGCCGCCAGCAGCCAAGGAAACAUGCCCCAUUGACACGUUGAAACUGGGUGCUUGUGUUGAUCUUCUUGGUGGGUUGGUGCACAUUGGGCUUGGAGAUCCGGUGGUGAACGAGUGCUGCCCGGUGCUGCAAGGGCUUGUUGAGCUUGAGGCUGCGGUUUGCUUGUGCACCACUCUCAAGCUCAAGCUUCUCAACCUUAACAUCUUUGUACCACUUGCUCUCCAGCUCCUUGUAACUUGCGGGAAGACACCUCCUCCUGGUUACACCUGCUCUCUCUAGAAAACGAGUUGCUAGAUUGAUGGUUGGACUGAUGGAAUCGACAUGAGAGGAUGUCGAGCCACAUCGAUCCCCCUCCUCCCCUCCUCCCCCACUCCACCAUUUAUCUCUCUUUAUCUGAAAAUGUUAUCCUUUUCUUGAUUUAUAUUCUGGAUGUUUGCGAUCGACAUUGUACACCACCAUUUGUUUUUUUAAUUAAGGGAUUGUUGCAUGUUUGUUUUGUCUUAUAAGCUAGACAAGGAAGCAAUCAAAGAUGCUAGCUUUUCGAGUCUAA